AUGUCCCGACGGCUACUUCGGCAUGCCCGAGAGGCGGCGGCGGCAGCAUCAGCAGCCCUGGUUCAUCUUGUGAUGUGGCAGGCCGGAAACCAUGUCUUCUACACCCAAAACCCGCUUGAAAACGAUCUAAGCUACAGGUUACCACUUGAUUUUAUUCCCGCCCAAAUUGAACAGGUUUCUCUAAUCGGAGACGGCCUUCUUUUGUUAUGGUUCAUUGCCAGGAGUGACUUUGAAUUGGGAAUAUGCAACCCUUUUACCCGGGAAUUCAGGCUCCUGCCGAGGCCCAGGGAAUUACCAGGGUGUUGUCCGCUCCGAAGAUAUCAUGUAGCUGUGGGCGUGGUGGGAGAAUUACCAAUGGUGGACUCGGGUGAAUUCCAUUUUAGGCUUUAUGUGGUGGGCGGUGCAGCGUAUUUUUUCCGCGGAGCGCUGACAGCUAUGAAUUUGAGUUCACAGCACAGCAGUGACUCGUGGACGAUGGUUGGUCCCGUACCAAAGAAAUAUUCAGUGAGCCUAAUUUAUAGGACCGGUGAUCAGGGUGUGUACUCCGAUGGGGUGUUGUACUGGAUAAUUUCAGUCGGCUGGGCGCAAUAUAGCCUAAUUGCACUGGGGAUCACCACAAAUACAUGGAAGGAAUUGGCCUUUCCCACUGAAAAGAGGCAUUAUUUUUCAACAUUGUGGCGAAGAAAAGGGAAGCUGAUGCUUACUGAGUACGCGUCUGAAGACUGA